GUUAUAAACUGUCGUGACUGCCGUUAUUUGGCUUGGAAUGGUAAAAUCGUCACCAAUGGGAAUCCGUUACGAGGGAACCUCGUGCACUCGGCUACAAGCCAGCACCGAUUUAUUUUCGCGGGCGCCGGACUCGGUCUAUAAAUAGGUGCCCAGUAAUUAGCCGCAUUUGAAAUUUCGAAAAGCUAAAGAGCUUCCGCUGCUUCCGAUCGCCCAGGUCGGAGAAAGCGAGAGAAUUUGGGAAAGGGAGACGAGAGAAGAAGAAGAAGAAGAAGCGAUGACGCUGCUCUGCUUCUUGCUCGAUCUCCGAACCAUUCCUCCUCCAGUGCUCCGCCAUCUGAAGCAGAGUUUGCUACAGCUCGCGAAUCUGUAUGCGGUGACGUCCGGGAGAGGGCAGAGGGAGCGACAGGCGGAGGGGAUGCCGCUCCUCCGAGAUCGGUUAGGAUUGUGCUACCUCCAUAGGGGCAGAUCCCCUUCCCCAUCUACUGAGCUGAAGAUUGUGUACGAACCAGGACAAAAUUUCUGUCUCCGAGAUUUCCACCAUGCUGUUAACAACUUACCCAUGGAUAGCUUUAUGCCCGAGUUUAACCAGUCCAUGCCUAGCGGAAGUGGUGAUCAAGACAUCUCACUCACAAACCUUUUGACAAGCAAAGCUCUCAACACAUGGGGUGAUCAUCAUGUCCCAAAGAAAGUGAUUAUUGUAUGCACAUCUUUGUUUGCCAACACUGAAGCUAUUCGCAAAUCCCUCCUGGGUGCAGCAGAACAGCGUAUCACAGUGGAAUUUGUGGUGUUGGAACAGGAAGAUGCAAAUGUACAUUAUGAUUUACCAGAGAAGCUCAAUGGAUUCAUUAAUAGUAUCUCUGAUCUUGAAAACUGUGUGCUCCGGAGGUAUCUUUCAGACUCUUGGGUCAUGUGUGGCGUUGUCAAAAGAUGGUUGCAAGAGCUAAAGGAUGAUGUAGAGGAACCGCUGAAAGCAGUCUUUCUCUUCAAGAACACCAUUGUGGGCUCUGUAGAUCAAAUCUAUUGCAACUUAUUUGCUUCAUCGAAUCAGAUCGUUGAUGGUUUUCCAUCCUGUCAGACAUGCAGAUGCCAUGGCUAUCCAAUUGAAAUUGCAGUCAGUGACAAGAAGAAGACGUUUUGUCCACUCGCCUGCCAUGAACUCGGGCCCUCUGAUCUGAUUGAUAAUGCAGUAAGGGUUGGAGAACAAACUGUUUUGUUUCUGCCCUCAUUUGAAGGUUGUCAAAAACUUCGACGAAUCUCUGCACCCAUAACAUUUUCUAUAAUUGAACGCACCAGCUUGGCUUCACUAAGUGAAGGUGUUAUAGUAGGGACAUCCUAUGUUGUGACUCCUUCAGAUCUUCAUGAAACAGAAGUUGCUCGAGAUUCAAAUGAUAAGUCAGAUCUGAAUACUCAACUUUUUCAUGGGCUGCGUGGAGCUCUUUUCCAUCUGGAUCAGGGACUUGUAUGCUCGUCAACCUGUAAUACAGAUACAAUAAGGGAUGGAACCUUCCAAUGCUUUUAUGUUCUUCAGCCUUCUGACAAAGGCCCAAUGCUUUUGAGGAGGCUUGCUGGAUCAGAAGAUAUUCUGCCAAUCCCUGAGAUAAGUCAAGCAAAUGACCAUGCCGUACUGCAUGAAUUAGAGAAGUCCAUUCAAUCCUCACUAUCAAAGAUUGAACUCAGAGACUACAACCCUCUUCUACAUGAAAGAGGUUUCCACCCAAAACUAAACUGGCUGGUAAAGGAGAGCUUGCAGUUUGGGACGAUCCUGCCACGUGUUCAGAUGAGUCCUAAACUCAGCAAUCCAAAUGAUCUCCAGUUGACUAUUCUGCGGCAUGACUUAUCUACCCAAGCUCCAGAAGAUGAAAUAUGGCCCAACAAAAAUAAAGAGGAAGAGAACUCUUCUUGUGUUACAGAGUGGGAGCAACUUCUCAUUCUUGAUGAAAUGAACGAUGUCUAUUCAUCCACCUGCAUUUCCAACCCUAAGUUUCAAAAUUCCAGUUUGACAGCUCAGACCAAGCCUUUGGAUGAAAAAACCUCGAGAAUUCUUGAGAGGUUGGAAGCCCCAAAGCAACAGAAACUGAAGGCUACUUCACCAUCUCUCUCAAGAAACUCGGUCAAUGGGCAGAUGAAGCAGCCACUGGUGCCCUUCGAAUCAAGCUCAAGCCGACCACUGAGACCAAGUUUCCAGACGUUAAAACGGAAGCAGAGAUAAAUAUAGGAACUGCCCUUCUGGGUACUUUCUGUUCGGUAGAUUUGCAAAUGAAUUUCAGCACAUAUGUUUCUUCGUACACUGUAAACACUAGUAUGCACAUGUGUAUAUUUGUGAAAUGCAGCAGAGCAUUAAUCAUGCACUGGAUGACACUAUAUGUUGAUGCUGCCAUGCCUGCUGCCUGAGGUUGUUCAAAAAUAUUUCAACUGUACAAGCUUCAAUUGUUCUUUUCCCCCUUUAAUUCAAGCAAGCCAGAAUGACAAAAGAAUAUCCAAUUCAUUUCUUUAC